CUUCGUUCGGACAUGGACGACUCGGGCAUCAUACGCCGCCGGAGGCUGCAGAAGGAUCUGCCACUGCCUCGCAAGAGCAGCAGUUGUCGCACAAGCAACAGGAAAAGUCUGAUCCUGACCACCACCUCCCCCACUCUGCCUCGCCCGCACUCCCCCCUGCCGCUCCCCGGACACCUCGGAAGUAGUCCACUGGACAGCCCCAGGAACUUCUCCCCCAGCAACCCGGCUCACUUCUCCUUCGCCUGCUCCCGAAGAGCGGAUGGACGGCGGUGGUCUUUGGCGUCUUUGCCCUCCUCUGGAUAUGGCACAAACACCCCGAGCUCCACAUCGUCCAGUUCCUCCCAGGAGCGUCUGCACCAGCUGCCCUUCCAGCCCACCAUGGAUGAGCUCCACUUUUUAUCCAAACACUUCGGCAGCACGGAGAGCAUCACGGAUGACGAUGGCGGACGCUGCUCUCCGCACAUGCGUCCGCGCUCUCGCAGUCUCAGCCCUGGACGCUCCUCGUCAGGCUACGACAAUGAGAUAGUGAUGAUGAACCACGUGUACAAGGAACGCUUUCCCAAGGCCACAGCGCAGAUGGAGGGGAGGCUGGCAGACUUCAUCCAGGCGUACGCUCCUGAAAACGUUCUUCCGCUGGCGGACGGUGUUCUCAGCUUCAUCCAUCACCAGAUCGCUGAGCUCUCCAGAGACUGCCUGGCCAAAUCCUGCGAGGGCCUCAUCACGUCCGUCUACUUCUUCGAGCUGCAGGAGAAUCUGGAGAAGCUUCUUCACGAUGCUUUUGAGCGCUCGGAGAGCUCCGAGGUCGCUUUUGUCACGGAGUUGGUGAAGAAGCUCCUCAUCAUCAUCUCCCGCCCUGCCAGGCUGCUGGAGUGUCUGGAGUUCAACCCUGAGGAGUUCUACCAUCUGCUGGCGGCAGCGGAGGAUGUUGCUAAGGAGGGCCGCCUGAUGAAAACCGACAUCCCUCGCUACAUUGUCAGCCAGCUGGGACUCACCAGAGACCCCAUUGAAGAGAUCGUCAACCUGGAUAGUUAUGACAGCGAAGGGCCGCUAACGCCUGAAACCGACGACUCCGCUGAGGGCAAGAUGAGAGCCAUGAAGCCUCCGGGCGAGGCGGACUUCCAGACCAUCAAGCUGAUUAGCAACGGAGCUUAUGGUGCCGUUUAUCUCGUCCGGCACCUGGAGACACGGCAGCGUUUUGCCAUGAAGAAGAUCAACAAGCAAAACCUGAUCCUCAGGAACCAGAUCCAGCAGGCCUUCGUCGAGAGGGACAUCCUGACCUUUGCAGAGAACCCCUUUGUGGUUUCCAUGUUCUGCUCCUUCGAGACCCGCCGGCACCUGUGCAUGGUCAUGGAGUAUGUGGAAGGAGGGGACUGUGCCACCCUGCUGAAGAACAUCGGGGCUCUGCCCGUGGAAAUGGCGCGGAUGUAUUUUGCAGAAACUGUCCUCGCACUGGAGUACUUGCACAACUACGGCAUCGUCCACCGGGAUCUCAAGCCUGACAACCUCCUCAUAACGUCCAUGGGCCACAUCAAACUGACGGACUUUGGCCUGUCCAAAAUGGGUCUGAUGAGCCUGACCACCAACCUGUAUGAAGACCACAUCGAGAAGGACACUCGGGAGUUCUUGGAUAAGCAGGUGUGCGGAACCCCAGAGUAUAUCGCUCCCGAGGUCAUUCUCCGCCAAGGUUAUGGAAAGCCGGUGGACUGGUGGGCCAUGGGCAUCAUCUUGUAUGAGUUCUUGGUGGGAUGUGUGCCGUUCUUCGGAGACACUCCCGAGGAGCUGUUCGGUCAGGUCAUCACCGAUGACUUGGUAUGGCCCGAAGGAGAUGACGCUCUGCCUGCUGAUGCCCAGCACCUCAUCUCCUCUCUUCUGCAGACCAACCCGCUGGUUCGACUGGGAACAGGAGGGGCUUUUGAGGUGAAGCAGCACCCCUUCUUCACCGAGGUGGACUGGAACAGCUUGCUGAGACAGAAGGCCGAGUUCAUCCCUCACCUGGAGUCGGAGGAGGACACCAGUUACUUUGACACGCGGUCUGAGCGUUACCACCAUGUGCACUCAUACGACGAGGACGACACCAACGAUGACGAGCCUGUGGAGUUGCAUCGCUUCUCAUCGUGUUCUCCACGCUUCAGCAAGGUGUACAGCAGCAUGGAGCACCUGUCCCAGCUGGAGCACAAACCCCCCAGUGUUACUCUACGCGAGCACAAGGUUCCACGAGAGGACAGGAUGGCCAAAAGAGAAAGCCUGGGUGCUUUUACCCUCAGAGACAAGAGCUGGAGGACCGGCUCACCUGAAAUGAAACGCUUGUCCUGCUCGGAGACCUGGUUCGCAGAGAGCGAUUCCAGUCCUCCCUCGGGGGCACGGAGGCGCUUCUCUGCCCUCAUGGACACGCACCGCUUGGCCUCAUCUGUAGAGGUGGACUCUGAGCAGUCCGUGUCAAGGGGCCAGCCCCAGGUGAAGGUGAGGGGGACCUCCUUGGAGGGAGCCAUGGGUGCCAUCUCCUCUCAGAGCGAUCUGAGAACGUUCCUUAAAGAUGGCAACGGCUUCACAGCCGCAGCCAGUGCAACAGUUCUGGGGCUUCCAGAACUCCAAGGGCCCCGAGGGGCCACGACAGACCUGGUGCUGAGGAGAGUUCGCCAGCAGCAACUCUCAGCCGAGGGAGACAAACGUAGCUCCAGACCAGGAACCAAAGUCAUCAAGUCUGCUUCCGCUACGGCUCUAUCCGUCAUCAUUCCUGCAGAGCAACAUGGCGCCUCUCCUCUGGCGAGCCCCAUGUCUCCUCGCUCCCUCUCGUCCAACCCCUCUUCCCGAGACUCCUCUCCCAGUCGAGACUACUGUCCCAUGGUGAACGUCCUGCAUUCCCCCAUCACCAUCCACCGCUCUGGGAAGAAGUAUGGCUUCACUCUGAGGGCUAUAAGAGUCUACAUAGGGGACAGCGACGUCUACAGCGUACAUCACAUGGUCUGGCAUGUGGAGGAUGGAGGCCCUGCCCAGGAGUCUGGACUUAGUGCGGGGGAUCUCAUCACCCACGUAAAUGGAGAGUCUGUGCAUGGUCUGGUCCAUACAGAGGUGGUGGAGCUCAUCCUCAAGAGUGGAAACAAGGUCACCGUGACAACCACUCCCUUUGAGAACACCUCCAUAAAAGUGGGACCCGCACGCAAGACCAGCUAUAAAAGCAAAAUGGCUCGGCGCAGCAAGAGGCCAGGAGCCAAAGAUGGCCAAGAGAAGAAGCGCAGCUCCUUGUUCAGGAAGAUCACCAAGCAGUCCAAUUUGCUGCACACCAGUCGGAGCCUCUCCUCUUUAAAUCGCUCGCUGUCAUCUGGAGACAGUCUACCAGGAUCCCCCACCCACAGCUUCUGCGCCCACUCACCCACACAGAGUUACCGCUCAACCGUGGAAUCCCCGUACUUGGGCACCUCCUCCCAGAGCAGCUCCCCCGCAUCGAGCACCCCCAACUCCCCGGCCACAUCCCACCACAUGAGGCCCAGCUCGCUGCACGGCUUGUCGCCAAAGCUCCACCGGCAGUACCGCUCCGCUCGCUGCAAAUCCGCCGGCAACAUCCCCCUGUCGCCCUUAGCCCACACCCCCUCCCCCACCACCUCUUCCCCGCCCCCCCUGAGCGGCCACACGGUGGGCAGCUCCAACACCACGCAGACGUUUCCCGUCAAGCUGCACUCGUCGCCUCCGGUGUCCCGUCCUCGUCCCAAGAGCGCCGAGCCCCCCAGAUCCCCCCUGCUGCAGCGUGUGCAGUCGGCGGAGAAGCUCGGCGCCCCCGUCCUUCCCUCCUCCUCCUCAUCGUCCUCAUCACCCUCCCCUCUGACGGGCGGGGUGUGCCUACGCAAGCACAGCCUGGAGGUGACGCUUGGGGACUACAGGAGGGAAUCCUUCCACUGUGAGCAUAGCCUACAAAGUCUACUGGAGAUGGAGGGGGAGAAUGGACCCGCUCCACCGUCCCCUUCGUCCUCGUCCUCCCCUUCACCUCCUCUGGGAGGGGAGACCGGUGCUUUGAAGCCUGUUCGAAGGCUGGGAAGGCAGGAGUCGCCCCUCAGCCGUGACACCAUAGCAGCUGGAGCUUCUGAUCUCAGUGGCUCCACUGCCGAGACCAAAAGAGCAUCUCCGCUUCUACAGAGGGAUGCAGCCACCAAGCAGACUCCAGAUGGACCCGUCUCCAGCGCUGAGGCCAAGCCCCAACACGCUGCUAAACCUCCACAUGCGACCACUCCAACAUCUGAGGCUUCUGCCUCCAAGAGUAAGCCUUGUGAGAAGGUCUCUGCUACGAAGAGUACGCCGCCGCAUGACAGGAAGCAGCAGGAAAGCACGGCUUCCAGUAAAGCUGAGGACAGAUCCAAAUACACAGCAGCUGCAAGAGCAACAGCAGAGCCAGCCAAACCUCGCAAAGGCACAGAGGCAGUUGAGAAAGGCGGCGGCGGCGGCGGCGGCAACGAUAAGAAAGCCGAGAUGACAAAAGUCAAAGGUCCUGCACCGCCAAUUCCAACCCCCGGUGGAACGCCAGCGAGCAGCUCCAAAUUGGAGAGGCUGUCCAAGAGCUACCGCGGAGUGAAGGAGGAGAGGGCUCACCUGGAAGUCCUGGAAGAGAACCCCAUGUCCCCCCCCUCCAGUGCAUGCUCACCUUCUUCCGGCAAGCCACGCGCCACGUCCCCCGGGGAGAGAGCCAGCUUUGUCACCCAGCUCACUAGCGUGGCCAAAACCGUCCUUGGGCCCAUGAAAGCGGGGUCGCCAGAAGCUUCCAAGCUCAAAGACGCCUACAAGGCAAGUGAGGAGAAGCGAGGGAGCGCAGCGGGAAAGGCGGAGGUGUCAAUCGGGGCCGGACGCCGCUCUGCUCAGACAUCGUCCCCUGGGAGCGCUCUCCAGCUGGACAAAGGAAACAACCGCAGCUCCAAGCAUCAUUCCUGAUGACCAAGUGGUUCCUUUCAGUCCGGCACUGACGCCACAUAUCACAAGUGACACCUUGUCACUUGUCAAUCAAGUCAAAGUACAAGAGCAAAAGAUCUGCACAUGAAAGUUCCACAAAGAUAAGAUGCUUCAACUGCUGUGAGAACGUGUGUGUGUUGGUCACAAUGUGCUGGAGAUAUACAGGUGGUCCUCGGUUUAUGUUUAUGUUCCUGCUUACAACCCCCCCUUAAACGAUUGAAGACCCGAUUUUGGUCGCUAAACACAAGACCAUCUCCAGAACUGAUUAGACGCGAGUCCAAUAGACGGCAGUGUGUGGCUCAGGCUGGGCAGAUGCCUGCACUGAGGAACAAUGUCGUAGCUGUUAGUUGGUGCGCCAAAGAAAAGGAAAGCCGUCAGCGUGGACUCUGAAAGCAGAGACACGCCCUCCAAUAUUCACGCCAACGUUAAUGACAAAGAUUAUUGACUGCUAAAGUGUGCUGGGGGGUCGUGGAGUCCAUGCACGGUUCCAAGGAGAUCUGAGUGUGACGAGGAGGUCGUCUUUCCAGACCAGCCUGAUCCAAGAAGGUUGAAGGACCUGUGUUUUAUGUCUUCUGUGUACACGGUUACAUUAAAACCCGACCCACAUGACUGGAGGACCACCUGUAUAAAAGCAGACAUGGUGCAUGUGGUCCAUGGAAAAUGACAGCUAUGUAGAGAGCAGACAACCAAGACCUGAAGGUAGUAAACACUGUGACAUGUUAGUUAGUCCACAUGUUAAUAAUAACACCAAAGCCGUGUUCAGUUUCAUUUCACUUUAGUUCGGAUAUACCGUACUGUAGUAUAGUCAUGUAUCAUAGCAUCAAAGAUACAAACCAAGGACCAGGAUGGACCAGGAUGGACCAGGAUGGACCAGGAUGGACCAGGAUGGACCAGGAUACCUAAAUAGUUCACGGGACAGCCUGGGGAAAGGGGCGUGGCCCAGUGGGACAAAGUACCAUGAGAUGACGCUAUGCAAAGUGCUUCAAGUUGACAUUGCUGAUGGAAGAAGCCAUGGAGCCGCAAUAAGCAAAGCAAAUCUCUAUUUCGCUUUCCAGGUCGUCCCCUCUCAUCCUAUGGACAUGGCCUCUUUGCUGUAUGUCCUUUCAUGGUGCGUUCAAAUGUCUUUGACAGCCUCUCCAAUGUUUCUACUCACGCACACGCGCAGUGCUCACUAAACGUUUGGGAUACUCGGCUUUCAGGACGGAUGCAACUUCAUUUGUCCUUCCUUCAACGUAAAAGGUCAUGACUGGCCUGGUGGUUACCAUGGAGACCACACAGUCAGAACAUCUGGAUGUGUGGAGUUUGCAUGUUCUCCCGUGCAUGCGUGGCUUUUCUCCGGGUACUCCCCUCCCCCGUUCUAAAAGCACGUUAGCUUGAUUGGCCACGCCACAUUGUCCUUAGGAAUGAAGGUGGGCGGGAAUGGUUGUUUGUCCCCGCCUCUCCCCAAGACAGCUGGGAUAGGCUCCAGCAUACCCCUGGCACAGAAAAUGAAUGAACAUGGAACAUUAUGUACUAUAUGUACUAUAUGUACUAUAUGUACUAUAUGUACGGUACGUGCAGCACCUGACUGUACUGUAAGUGUGAAGAAGGGCGUAUAUAUCAAAUAUGGUCAAUGAAGUCCACCCAAAGUCAUAUUUUACGCCCAAUUUCAGUUCACCUGUAGGAAGUAUACGUGCAUUUUAGGUUCAUCCUGGAAUCCAAAUAAAAGCCUAAUAUCCUUAUUUAUAAUCAUCCUUAUUUAUGUUAUUUUUUGGAGUAGUUUAUACUGCUUUUUAUCAUUUCAUAAUUCAUUGUGGAAGACUGUUGUGGUGUUCUUUUUACUUUACAGAUAAUAUAUAUAUAUGUGUGUGUGAAAAAUGUACAGUACAUGAAGUCGUGCAUGAUCUGUUCUGACCAUUAUUCAUCUGAAUACAAUAAUCAAGUCGUAUUUUGCUUCUCAGUCAUUAAAAUGUCCGUGACCAGCGUUUACUCGGCUUUUCUGCCAUUUUUAUUUUUCCAAAUAGAAGGCAGGCAUUGCCACCAUGCAGGGCAAGCUGGCAAUCCUUGGUAAUACCGUUGGCAUCGAUGACAUUCCGAAAAUGGGCUUUGAAUGAUUGAGUCAGCUCAUUUAGCUGUACAAUGUGUCAUAUAUGUGGAAAUGAGGUGAAGACCAAGGACACUGAAGUCAAAUCCAGACGGUGUGCUGUAGUCGUGCUCAUGUUCUAAGUGUUUGUCCGUCCACCCUGCCAUCCUUGUUCAGAAUCCAGAUAGGGCUUCCGUAGGUAGGAUGCUGUACUUCUCAAGGACAACCGUGCUUCCACUUGGUCCAUUUUCCAAGUCAUGUCUGUCACUGUGGGGAAAAAGACAAGUCCUUUCAUAAUUGGACUUGUCUCACACUGCCCUCUUGUGGAGGACUCGUCACGUGGCAGCCGAGGAUGAUUGUGUUGCUCAGCGAGAACCCUGAUCACGUGAUGGAAUGACUUUUGAUUUGACCCCAUGUGCUGUGUGGGGUAGGGGGGAACUGAUUUCGCAUUAAAUUUUUGUGUGUAACGUAA